AUGUCCAUCGCUGAGCCCUUGCCACCCUCACUAUCCGAGCUUCUUGCAGAGCGUUCCAAGGCUUGCGCUCGUUAUCCCAUCGACUUUCCUCACCAAUGGCGCACAAGCCGUGCAACGCCCUCCCUGCUCUCUCGCUUGCUUGGAAGGUCCCCUCCCGACACACCUCUAGCCUCUUUCUACCGCAUCUACGAAUUCUUCGUGCUCGAGUGGACCACAGCAAUCCGGAACGAACUCGAGUACUUCUGCGGGACGCAUCCUGACUGGUCUAUCUCUGCGCUCCCUGAUCCGGCAGACCCCGACCCGGUGCGAUAUGCAACACUAGCCGUGCUUACGCGACUCAUGUGCGAUGCAUUCAACCGUCGUAUUGAGCUGGGGCUCCCGCGCAACGCUCCAGCCAUCAUCCUCGAUUUUGAAGAGCUGCAGGCAAGGCCGAAGGUGUACGAGCGGCCACCGGCGUGGGCAGAACGUGUGCCUCCGCUGGCAGAGCGCGUCUUCAUUCGUGAUGCACAGGGAAACGCGCCGGUGGAAGGAGAGUCAGAUAUUAGUGAGGAGUUCGAAACCAUGAAUAUCAUUGUCAGGAUGCCACAUAUCCAUUUCAUCUGACUUCGCCAAGAUCUGCAAGCGGUCUUGAUGGUUGUCUCAAUGCCCUCCGCCUCCAGCUGGUCGCGUGAUUUUGCGUGCGCUCCUCUACCAUUUCUACGAGCACCGUACCGAACGCCAUAUGCCAUGUUACGUUGGCUGUUUCAGUUACCCCGAAAAGAUUACAUCGAUAUUUCAGGCCAAUACGUGGUUCUGAGGAGCAUUUAGCGAGAUGCGAUCCUUCACAAUGCGAUUCGCUGCCUCGAUCCUGUCUGUCUCGAAAGUGUGAAGCUCGCAGGU